GGCAUCUCUCCAGCGCCAGCGCAGAGAUUUUGAUUUUCAGAGACUUGGAGACACAUUGCCACAUUGUGGUCGCAAUGGCUUUUCAGUUGGAGCGCAACGUUAGCCGGUGACGGGCGGUGGGCUGUAGCGAAUAUACCCGAUAUAUACCCGAUACACACAGUAACACCGUAGUAACCAGCAAAGUCAGCAGGCGUAGGCGGAUCCAAAACAGUUGCACAACUGCAUUUCGCCAGGAAAUUCGAAAAUCCCCAAUGUGCAGUACUUAAGCUAAUGCCGCCGAGUGUUUGAAAACCAAUUUCGAUGGGUUAAACGGCAGCAAAGAGCCCAGCUUAACCCUUUGGUGGUGCGGUGUGCCUGUUGUUUUUUUUUUAUUUGCGGAUUUCGCGUCGUCUGGUUGCCGUUGCCGUUCCGUGGCCGUGCCAAAAAAAAUCGAUAAUUCCGUGCUGUAUAAGUUACGGCGAAAGGUGCGCGGAUAUUCCGUUCGGGAUUUGAGUUCGGUUCGGGUGAUUUGAGGACCACAGCCAAGUGUGCGCGAAAGAGAGUGUGUGGGAGCCGAGAGAUUGCAAAUCACAAUAAAACACUCGAAGCUGCAUAUUCAAAACUCGAAACGGAGUUUUCUGCACAUAAAAUAAAAUAAUUUGUGAUCAGUCAGAUAUCGGAAUAUUUGGAAAGCAUGCUAUAAUACUCAGAAAACAACUUCUCAAAACCAAAGCCGAAGAGAGAGUGCAGGAACUCUCUCACCGCUACCGUUACUCGCUGACUACGCAUUUACAACCGAAGAGAGUGCGAGAGAACGUAAACGUGAUUGAAAUUUUUGCACAAAAGGGAUGCGCCGCUUACGCUUUGCACGAGCGAGCGGAAUUGCACGACGAAGCAGCGCGUAAAAAUAACAAACAAAAAUACAUGCGGAGGCGUAUAAAUAGAAACGGCGUGUAAAGCGCAACGGCACAAAAGUCGGUAGUAUGUAGUAAUAGUAGCGCGAACAGAAGGCGAAGGCGAAGCACAAUUCGAAUACGACGUCGACUGCGGCGCCGACUGCGACUGCGGCGUCGUAGUAAGUUUUCUGCACUGUGUGCGUGCGUGUGUGUGUGUGCGCUGCGUGGGUGCAUCGUUGUCGUUGUGUGCGUGUGGCAUGUGAAACGAAUAACAGCCAAAGCAGAAAAUCAUGAUAAAGUUUGUCAGACAGAAAAAUCGCGAAAAUACACUGAGGGAAUCGAAAAAUUUUAUGCGUAAAAAGCGUGAAUCGAAUGACUCUGGCACCGAAUCUGAUGGUGAACUCCUCGAUGUGGAAAACCAACGUCACUUAGACGUGGAUAUGGAAACUAGUGUUGCUGGCCAAAAACCAAUAGCUUCUGCAAUGAUGUGUCACCAGCAGACGUCGUCAUCCUGCGCCCAUCUCAUGUACGACCAGCACAGUUCCGAGGAGGAGUUGGAGGUGAUCAACGGGCCGUCCUCGCAGGCGGGUCAGCAUCCCGGUACGGCGGCCACGGGCUCAUCGUGUGCCUCCCGGAUCUCGAAUCGCGGAUGCACCUCCUCGCUGGACACGGAGGCGCCCUACGAGGAGCGGGCCACCACCUCCAACUCGAAGCGUUCCAGCUCCACGCUGAUGGUGGAGAAUCGCAAGCGAUCGCUGGCCCACAGCUCCGACGAUGAGUUGCGCAACUCGCUGGAGCCGAUAUUGACGCCCGUGAAUUUUCGCACAUCGCCGCCAUUGGAGGCAUUCAAGCCAAAUCGUAGCCAUAUGAUGUUCCGCUCCACAACGCCACUGAUAUUAUCGGAGGCCCGAUGUGGCAUCGAAAAUAUUAAAUUAUGUGAUAAUAGUGUAAACGAGGAGAAUGGUGACAACGGCGGUGGCGUCGGCGGCGGCGGCGGCGUGGCCAAUAGCAGUAAGUGCGCCAAGAUUGGUGCAGGGAAUGCCAGCGGAACGGGAGUGGCAACCGGCAACGGAAACGGUGGCAACGAGAACGAGCCGAGUGUGAUCAAGGCGUGCAGCAGCUCGCUGAAGAUGAGCAACAGCAGCCACCACAUCUACCAGCCGCAGCCGAAGUAUAGUUUCCACUACAACAGCUCGCGGAGCAGUCCGGCCAGCACCACUGGCCUGGAUAUGGAGGUGCGUUCGGUCAGUCCGCCGGCGAAACUGUUCCACUGCGCCAUAUCGCCCAGGCGGCGACCCAGUAACAAUGCCAGUGGUACAACAAUAUCACCAUCGUCAGCAACAUCAUCAUCAGCCGCCACAACAACAACGACACACAAUGCUGCCAAUUCCAAUUCCGCCGGAAAUGCCGCCAAUGUCACCGCCGUCGCCACCCAGAGACUGCAGCGACCGCAUCGGCCGUGUUUAGAUUUUGAUAAGAUGCAGCAGGUUAGUCUCUAAUGCAGAGCACGCUAACACCAGAGCAGCAGCCGGAAAAGGAUCGUCGCAUUCGGACGGGGAGCAGGAUGGUCAACGGAAGGGGGGGCAAAUCAAAGACUUUUUAUACGAACCAACAACCACAGCAGGUCGCUGAAACUGAAACAGCAUGCGGAGGAUAACCAGAGAUUUUAGGGGCUGGUAAAACACCCAGAUUCUGGGAGCAGUUUCAAUGAUUCAGUUUCGAGGAUAAACAGCAGCGGGAAAUAUCAUCAAAUCAAAUUAUAUAAAUCUAAAGGUAAUUCAAAUUUUAACGCAAACCAAAAACACAAAGAGACAAACCUAAAAUUUACAAUAGAUGCAGCUAUUUUUUCACAAUUUUAAACUGAAAAACUGUAACAAAAACUGUAAUGAACACAGGAACACGGAUCGAAAGUUGAGCAGGAUGAACAAUAGGAUUAUAGAAGCUCCGGGGUGUAAAGAUCGCAAGUUGAUGCAAAAGUGAAUAACGCGGGGGGUGUAGAGAGGGAAAAUCAUAUGCCAGCCGUAUGAUAGAAUGGAUCACAAGAGUUGAUUAAAAAUAAGUAUAAGGAAAAGCUCUGGGUGUAAUGAAUUAGAUGAUAAAAAGCCAGCCAGUGGAAACUGUGAACUGUAAAUAUUGUAUUUGUGUGGUAUAAACCAAAAAACUUUUGAAGAAUUGGCAUGCCAUCGAUAAGCAGAGAAUGCGAAAUGUGGGAGUAGAAUGUAUUUUAAUUUUUUUAAAAGCCGACGAAAAAACACUUGUGGUGAUGUGGCAGAAGACUCAAACUCGAAAAAAAGAGACAAAUUAUAUUUCUAUAAAACGAAGGAAAGCUGAGAAAAGCGGAGGCGGCUAGAGGGAAAGCGGGAAAUUUGGGAAAUUGGAAAGUAUGGACGAGGAAAUAGCAAACAGCAAACAAUGUGAAGCAACAAUAGCAACUGAAAUAAUAUGAUAUAAACAACAGACAAACUGAACCUUUUGUAUGAGAAACGGGGGAGCCGGAAAGCGAAACUGUCGCAGCGACAGUUGAAAAGCAGUAAAAUUAUGUGUUUAAUGUACAACAUAAAAUAGCAAGCUAUUUUAUACACAAUAUUCAAUUUAUCCACAUUUAAGAGAAACGAUUAACGAAACCAAAAAGCUGCCAUCAACACUCAUGCAUACGAUUAAAGCUCUUUAGUUUCACCAAUAUGAUUGUUGAUUGCUUGGUGGUCAGCUAGUAAGCGCAACAACUAAACAACAAUUGGCAAAUGUUUGCAGGCUCAUAUGUGUAUUAGUAAAGCAUAAUUACUACCCUUCUUUGUCGCGUAUAUGAAGAAUUUAAACAAACAAAAAGAGUUCACAGCAAGUAAACCCCAUAUUCAAUUCAAGGAAAAACCAAAUGAAACGCAAAAACUAACAAACUGAAAACUGAAAACUAAAAACUAAAACCUAAAACCCAGUAAUGUGUGCAACCAUAGCAAAGCGAAAGUAAAAACGAAACAUACUUUUUUAAGUACCAUAUAUAUGUAAAAGCAAACAAUGAGCGAAAUAUUCAACGUAAUGCUAAUUUUAAAUCAUAUUCACUAACGAACGGCAGGCUAAAUUUCAGUUAACUCAAUGACGAUGGCGAGUAGUCAAUGGAAUCGCAAUGUUUCGUAUGCUAAUUUUUCUCAAUAACCAACCAUCUCAUGCCCACUAAAAACGUUUCACACACCCCACAAUCACAAUCACAAUCAACACUUGAGACACCUAAGACACUCGACACAUGGAACCUACCAAAACAGCAUAAUCCACACCACCAAGACACCAAGAAUCUAAUGUAAUAAUAAUGCGGGGACUCGAAGCUGGAGGAGGAGUUAGGAUCAGGCUGGGAGAUGCGAAGUGCAGAUAUGAUAUACUGAUACUAGGAGUGCAGUUUUCGUAAUUUUUAAUUAAUUAACUAAAAACAAACAAGCAGGCGAGGAUGAACAGAUAACAGAUGAUCAGAAGAACAGAAUUAUAUUAUAUAUGUGUAACAAAUGGGAGAAUCGGAGGAUAUCAUGGACUGAGCGUACAUUAAAGCGUGGAAAAGAUAGGAAGCUGGUGAAGCAACCAAUACUAGGAUUUUAGUUUAUAAGCUCUAAAGCGAUGGUAAGCAAGGAAAUUACAGUGAGAGAAUAGAACGGGCUAACAAAUACGGAAAGCACACACAAAUCUAUGGAAUGUAUGGCUGCGGGGCGUUUAUGUUGAAUAUUUUUGAGAAACAAAACAAAAAACAUUCAAAAAAAGAAAAAAAAGCGAAAAAAACCAAUUAUGUUGUAAACAAAAAAUACAAAGAUUUCAUUGCGUUUUGGGCCCCGCUGACAGGCGCCCAAACACUUGUGUUGUACAUAGUUACAUUAUUAAUAACAAUA